AUGUCUGCCUCGGGAGCGUCUCGUCACAUUGUUGCCGACGAAACAUACGACGAAUCGCAAGAUCCAGAUUUCACCUUGGCCAACGCCACUACUGCCUUUGACGAAGACGAGACAUUCAAUCUCGACAUUGACCGCCAAGAGCUGGCUGAUUUGAAAGAAGACCUUAGACAACAGGAACAUCUACAACAGGAGAAGAAGAAGGAGAACGGGGAGAACCUCCAAGAGACUGCCAAAGACACAAAUGCAGUUGCUGAAAAACAGCCCUCAGCCUUGAAACUACCCAUUCACGAGAAAUUCCACUCUUUCAUCCACAAACACGAGGUCCCUCGUAAGUGCUUCCAUGUAUCCAUUGGAUUCAUAACACUCUAUCUCUAUUCCCGUGGAGUGUCGGCUACUUCUAUUGCAAAACCAGCCGCAAUCGCCGCAUCAGUAAUCUUUUCACUAGAUCUUUUGAGGUUUAAUUGGCCCUUGUUUAACAAGGCUUACUGUGCAACAGUCGGCUUCUUGAUGCGUGAAAAGGAAGUCAAUUCCAUUAAUGGAGUCAUUUACUUCUUGACCGGUACUGCUCUGACCUUCUACUUCAAUCAUACAGACAUCGCCGUAAUGUCAAUCUUGCUGUUGAGUUGGUCAGAUACAGCAGCUUCAACUUUCGGUCGUGCUUAUGGUCAUCUCUCCCCAAAACUCUCCUCGGGUAAAUCGUUGAUUGGCUCAUUUGCAGCAUUCUUAACAGGUACCGCCGCUUGCUACAUCUUCUACGCCCUCAUAACACCAAACUUCCCUCAGUAUAACUCGGAUUUCCAAUAUUCCCCCAUUGAUAACCACCUGGAUCUGAACACCCUGGCUCUUUUGUCCGGCUUCAUAGCAGCCCUCAGCGAAGGUAUUGAGAUUUGUGGCUUGGAUGAUAACCUCACAAUCCCAGUUUUAUCAGGGCUGUUCUUAAAUGCAGUCGUUAACCUUGGCAAAUAG